CUCGUUCAAAAAAAGGACGAUUGUGAGUAACUGUUUGCGCUUUUACACGGUGUUUCCCUCCACAAAUCAAACAAAGAUAUGUUUGCGUCAUGUUUUGCACGUAAAUGCCGUGAACUCCAAUGACAUCAGAUGUGACUCUUUCUACACGGGUUUUCCUUCCAUGGGUAAAGAGUUUACGAAGCAGCCAUGAAACCCCCUGGCGAGGAAGACAAUCGACGUCUGGGGACAUUGCUGCUGAACACUCUGGAGAGAGAAAUGCGCCUGUGGAGAGCACCAGUCUUAAAGAAUGGAUGCAUUCAGGGUUCAGAUAUUUGUCCAUCUCAGUAUCAGGAGGUGAUUGUGUGGAUGCACGAAAUGAGCACAGUUUACCAGUUCAGCUCCGAGACUUUUGCUUUGGGAGUGUGUGUUCUUAAUAGCUUGAUUGCAACAGUUAAGGCUCAGUUCAAAUACCUCAAGUGCAUGGCCAUCACCUCACUGAUCCUGGCUGCAAAAAUCAACGAGGAAGAUGAGGUGAUCGCAUCGGUUAGGCAUCUGCUGGAGCAAAGCGGUUGCAAAUUCUCCACAGCAGAGAUUCUUCGCAUGGAGCGAAUCAUAUUAAACAAGCUGCACUGGGACCUUUACAUCGCAACACCCAUCGAUUUCAUUCACAUCGUGAGUACAACUGACAUAUGUAUUCAGACCAGAACUCAACCUUACAAAAAGGAAAAGAAAACGGAUAACACCGUUUUGCGAACGUUAACAAAAAUUGACGUUUGUUCCUUGACAUUGUGCACGUGGUGCAGCCGGACGUGAUCCAUUUGCACAAGUUGACAAGCGGUCUUUACGAGUUGCGUGUAAUGCAUAUAUGGCCAAGGCACUAAUCUGUCUUUUACUUGAGCAGUAAACCAGAUAGAUAACCCUGUUAAGAGGGAAGAAAAACAUCUGUAUUUUCUAUCCAUUACAAAUCUAGGCCCUCAGAAACGGGAAAGGGCUAGUUCACACAAAAAUUCUGUCAUCAUUUAUGACCUCAACCUCAGAUUUUUCCAAACCUGUCUAAAUUUGUUUGUUUUGUUAAACACAAAGGAAAGUAUCAUGAAGAAUGUCAGUAAACAAACAGAUCUCAUCCCCCAUUUACUGCCAUAGUAGUGAAAAUAAAUACUAUGGGAAAUGAGAUCUGUUUGGUUACACACUAUUUUUGGGUGAAUUGUCUCUUCUUGAAGGAUAAUGCAGUUGGAGUUAUAAUACCACGUAUCCUUUUGCUUCCAAGAGAUAGAAUGGGAGUGAACAGAAUUAUUUUACAAAAAGUGAAUCCAUCGAUCAUAGAACUGCUCGACAUGUUUCUGUGGCCUUAACAAAGGUCUUCUGAAGCUAAUUGAUGCGUUGUUUAAGACAAAAUAUUCAUAUUGACAGCGCUAUUAACAUUGAUGUCUAGCUUCUAUCAUCUCUCGAAUGCGCAAAAACUUCAAUACCCUUUCACUCCUAUUCUACAUUUACAUUUAGGCAUUUGGCAGACGCUUUUAUCCAAAGCGACUUACAUUGCUUUAUCCUAUACAUUUUACAUAGGUAUUUGCAAUCCCCUGGGAUCUAACCCACAACCUUGCAUUGUUAACGCAAUGCUCUUACUGCUGAGCUACAGGAAAGCUACAGCUUGGAAACAAAAGGAUACGCAGUGAAAUAUCCCUUUAAAAUAUCACACAAUAUGAUUGAUGUUAUUGGCACAAGUUAUAGUAGUGCAGUCUGGCCGAUGCAUGAAGACCAUGAUCAAAUCCUGUAACAUUAGAAUUCACUCGUUUCUUUUCUCUUUCUGUAAAUGCGUAACAUUGGGGAUUUGGCACACAACACAGAACCAAAGAGCAAUACCAUAAC